AUGAAGCCCUUUGAGAAAAGCUGGUUGUUUCUACUGCUGCCUGUGGUACUAAGAGUUGUACGCUCCUCCUUUAUUAGUGUCAACCUUGGGGUGAAAGUGAUGAAGGGACAGUCUGUCUUCCUGUCAGAAGAUGACCUCAGAUUUUCCAUCCCCAGAGAGAAGGAUGUCUGCAAAGUAGAAGUUGUGAUUAAUGAGCCAAUAACACAGAGGGUUGGGAAACUAACUCCACAGGUUUUUGACUGUCACUUCCUUCCUAAUGAAGUCAAAUAUACCCACAAUGGCUGUCCAAUCUUAGAUGAAGACACGGUCAUGCUUAGGCUGUACAGGUUUACAGAAACUGAAACGUUUGUAGAAACAUUCACCCUCCAUGUGCAGUUACUUGAGCCAGACUGUAACAUCAUCAAAAUGCGCUCCCGUGCCCUGGAGGUGCCUGAGUACUAUGGUCUAUCCAGGGUGAUUGACAAGAACAUCCUCGCUUUUGACUAUGACAGGAAGAUAAAUCUGGAUUGCACCAUUUCCAUAGCCUCUUCAGAAACCCACCUGCCUGCUCAUGGCCAGCUCAUCACCGGGGAAGUGCAGCAAGAGCAGCUUCGUGGAGAUCAGCCACAAAGCUUCUUCCCAGGCCCUAAGCACAGCCUGGGCCAGCAGUGCAGAAACGGGAGCUGCAUGCUGGAACUGGGAGUCGUUCACAACACAAAAAUGAGCUGUGAAGAAUUUCUGAGGAUGGGGAUUCGAUAUCAGCACCUUGACCCUCCCUCGCCUGACACCGACUAUAUUCCUGUGAGGUUGGAUCUCACAGACAGCAGAAGCAAAACUCUGCACAAGACUGAGUAUGCAUGGCUCCCUGUUCAGAUUAAAGGUGCUAUUCCCAAUCAAAUACCCAAAGCUGCCCCGAUGGCAAAGUUCAUCCUGGAAGUAGAUCAAUUUAUUUUAACCCCCAUUACAACCACAACCUUUGAUGCUGAAGACAAUGAAACUCCAAAGUCCCUGCUUGUAUUCAACAUUACCAAGCCACCUCCACAGGGCUUCAUCACUCAUCUAUCUGACCAUACAAAAGCUGUUGGCUCCUUCACGUGGAAAGAUCUCAGUGACAUGCUCAUUGCUUAUCAGCCUCCAAAUAACAGCCACACAGAGAGGAGGAAUUAUGAGGUGGAGUUUGAGGUUCAUGACUUCUACUUUGAAAGGAGUUCACCGAUCACUGUGCAUCUUUCUAUCAGAACAACAGAUACAAAUGCUCCUCGGGUUUCAUGGAAUACAGGCCUCAACCUCCUGGAAGGGCAAUCCCGACCGAUCACAUGGCAACACUUCCAAAUUGUAGACAACGAUGACAUCCAAAAUGUUCGCUUGGUCACCGUUGACGGCUUACAGCAUGGGCGGCUCACAGUGAGAGGAGGGAAAGGAUUCAUGUUCACAGUCUCUGACAUUCAGGCUGGAGUUGUUCACUACCAUCAUGAUGACAGUGAUUCUACUAAGGACUUUGUGGUAUUUAGGAUUUUUGAUGGCCCCCACAGUAUUCGCCAUAAGUUUCCAAUCAAUAUCCUCCCUAAAGAUGACAGCCCUCCAUUUCUUAUCAGCAAUGUGGUCAUUGAAGUUCAUGAGGGACAGACGAUCCUGAUUCAAGGCUCCAUGCUUCAUGCUUCUGACAUGGAUUCCAGUGAUGAUUACAUACUAUUCAAUAUUACCAAGGCACCACAGGCUGGAGAAAUCAUGAAGAAACCAGGACAAAACUUUAUAGGGUAUUCUGUCAGCAGUUUUCUUCAGAGGGAUCUAUUUAAUGGAAUAAUUUAUUAUCAUCAUUUGGGAGGAGAAGUAUUUGAAGAUUCCCUUGAGUUUGUGCUGUGUGAUAGCCAUGACCCUCCCAAUCUCUCAGAGACACAGGUGAUGAUGGUGCACAUUAUCCCUGUGGACGAUCAGCUACCCAGAGAAGCCCCGGGAGCGACCCGUCACCUGGCUGUUAAGGAGACUGAGAUUGCUCACCUGACUAAGAAACAUCUCCACUUCAUAGAUGUGGAAGAGCAAGACAGGGAACUAACAUACACCAUAACCACUUCCCCAUUUUUCUCUUGCACGCACGGCCACUCAGACGCUGGGAAGCUAUUUAUGGUGGACACCAUCCCCAAGCUGGUCAAGGAUCCUGCUGCUCUUGCACUGCAGUCAUUUACUCAGCAUGCUGUGAACUAUAUGAAAGUUGCCUACAUGCCACCACUGCAGGACAUCGGGCCUGAACCUCAGCAAGUCCAGUUUAUUUUUUCCGUCAGCAAUCAGCAUGGUGGCACUUUGUAUGGGAUCUGCUUCAAUAUUACAAUUCUUCCUGUGGACAAUCAAGCCCCAGAGGUUUUAACAAGCCAUUUGAGAGUGGAAGAGGGUGGCCUGAGCCCUGUCACAGAGGGACACAUUCUCAUCUCUGACAUGGACACGAAACAGGAGCGUCUCCUCCUCCUCCUGCAGAGACAGCCUCAGCACGGAGUGGUGGAGCUGGAUGGCAUUCCCAUGAAUGAAGGUGACAGGCUUUCCUGUGGGGACCUGCGUACCCUGGCAGUCAGGUAUCGGCAUGAUGGCUCUGAGACUGUCACUGAUGAUGUCCUCUUUGCAGCCACAGAUGGCAUCCACUUUGUAGAGUUCAUCCUGCAGGUCAAGGUGUUGCCUGUGAAUGAUGAGCCACCUGUUAUGCGAACAGGCCUUGUUCCUGUGCUCCACUGCCUGGAGGGUGAAGAAGUGGUCCUCUCCUCGGAGUACAUUUAUGCCACAGAUGCAGACAGUGAUGACAUGAAACUGAUGUUUAUGCUGGCUCGCCAGCCCUACCACGGGGUAGUGAGGAAAGCUGGUAUUGCUGUGGAUCGUUUCUCCCAAGCUGAUGUCAUCUCUGGUUUAGUCACAUAUAAGCACACUAGUGGGGAGAUUGGCCUGACUCCUUCCAUUGAGAUCUUAACCUUCGUUGUCUCUGACGGUGAGGCUGGCCUAGAUGUGAAAGACUGCUGUUAUGAUGGACCUCUUCCUCCUCCAGUUCCGCUUCACGAUCCAUUUCCAGUGUAUGACCUUAACAUCACUGUACUUCCAGUGGACAACCAGCCUCCAUCAAUUGCAACUGGUGCAAGGUUUGUGGUGGAGGAGGGCUCCUCAGCAGCCCUUACUACCAACCACUUGUUUGCCACUGACCCUGACACCACUGCAGAUGACUUAGAGUUUGUCUUGGUUUCUCCUCCCCAGUUUGGUUACAUUGAAAAUAUACUGCCUUCUCCUGGGUUUGAGAAGAGCAACAUUGGUAUCAGUAUAGCUUCAUUUCAGCUGAAGCACCUGAAAGCCCUGAACAUAAAUUAUGUACAAGCCAGGCACAUGCGAAUGGAGCCAACAGCAGACCACUUUGUACUUUAUGUCACUGAUGGGCUGCAUCGUUCGGCAGAGACUCCAUUUUUCGUGCUGAUCAACCCAACCAAUGAUGAAGUCCCAGAAUUCAUAGCAAGGAAUAUUACCGUUCAAGAGGGGGAGAUGAAAGAGCUGGAUCUCUCUGUUAUCAAUGCGGUUGAUCUGGAUGUACCUCAAGAUCAUUUGGUAUUUGGGGUUGUGCAGAGGCCCUGGUAUGGGUUCCUUAUUAAUGGAGUUCAUGGUAAUGAUAUUCUACACUAUAAACAGUUAAUUAACCACAACCACCACAGCCAUGGGUUGCUUGUUCAUGACUUUUCCAUGGAGCUACUGAAGAAUGGAAUGAAGCUGUUGUACAUGCAUGACAAUUCGGAAAACCUCACUGACAGCUUUAAAAUCCAGCUAUCAGAUGGGAAACAUAAAGUCCUCAGAACCAUUUCAGUAAAGGUCAUUCCAGUUAAUGACGAGAAACCAGUGCUGAGCAAGAAGGAUGAUAUAGAGGUGAACAUGGGUGAAACUCGAAUCAUUUCUAGUGCUGUUCUGUCAGCGAAAGAUAAAGAUACCCCCAGGGAAAGAAUUUACUACUUCUUUGAAAGACUUCCAGAAAAUGGCCAGCUGCAGCUCAAGGUAGGGCAAGGCUGGAUGACUCUCCAAACUGGAAUGAAAUGCACUCAGGAAGAACUGGAUAUGAACCUUGUGAGAUAUGUCCAUACAGGAGCUAUAGGGUCCAAGAACCAAGACAGCUUCACAUUUUACCUGUGGGAUGGGUACAACAGAUCCCCAGCUGUGGACUUCUACAUAAAUAUCAAGGACAUGGAAAAAGGAGACAUUGCUGUUUUCAUAAAACCUCUUAGAGUGCCAAAAGGGGAUCGGGGCUACAUUACAACCAAUGUCCUCCUUGCACUGGAUGGUACUGACAAGCCAGAGGAGCUCCUCUAUGUGAUAACCUCCCCACCCCAGUAUGGACAAAUAGAGUAUAUUGGCUAUCCUGGCAUCCCCAUUACGAGCUUCAGUCAAAUGGAUAUAGCAAGACAGAUAGUCUGCUAUGUUCACAACACAAAGGCAGUUGCUCCUGAAGAUACAUUCAGAUUCAUCAUCAGCAAUGGACUGAGAACUAAGCAUGGGACAUUCGUGAUCUCCUUGGAGGCAGUCGACCAAGCUUUGCCCACUCUGUCUAGGAACACGGGGUUAAGAUUAGUGGAAGGUGCUAUGGCAGUCCUUUCUUCUGAUGUCCUGCGGCUUUCAGACCCAGACACUGCCAAAGAAAACCUUACCUUCCUCUUGGAUCAGCUCCCCCAGUACGGUCAUCUCUAUUAUCGAGGGGCUGUACUACUGCAGUACAAUUUCACCCAGCAAGAUGUGGACAACAGGGAUGUUGCAUACAAACACCGAGGUGGGGAUUCCCGGACUGACAGAUUUACAUUUGUUGCGACAGAUAGGACUAAUCAAGGCUUCAUCGUGAAUGGGAGGGUGCAGAGCGAGCCAGUGGCAUUCACCAUUCAGGUGGAUCAUUUGGACAAAAUGGCACCAAAAAUUAUUCAUCUCCAUUGCUUUUCUGAUGUGGAACUGCUGAAGAAUGGCAAUUACGGGAUCUAUAUUACUGCCAGGUCCCUGAAGGCAUCUGACCCCAAUACAGAAGAUGACAAAAUAAUUUUUAAGAUUUUACGAGGUCCUCAUUAUGGCUACCUGAAAAAUAUAACAACAGGUGGAUUUAUUCAGGAAGGGUUUAGCCAAAAGGAUUUAAACAGCAAAAUCAUUCUUUAUGUCAUCAAUCCAUUGCGGGAAGUGAAUUCAGACAACUUGGAGUUUCAAGUCACAGAUGCCAGUGGAAACUCCGCAGUGCCCCAAAGGCUGGAGCUACGGUGGUCUCGGAUUGAAAUGCAACAGACUGAAUAUGAAGUGUGUGAGAGCGUGGGAGUGGUGUCUCUGAAAAUCACCAGGGCAGGACACUCUGCAGAGUCUGCCUUUAUUGCAGUGAAGGUCAACGAAAUAUCUGCUAUGCUGGGAAAGGACUUUACAGUGACUCCCUCCAAGCUUGUUCAGUUUGAUCCAGGAAUGUCAACCAAGAUGUGGAAUAUAGCAAUUACCUAUGAUGGAUUAGAGGAAGAUGAUGAAGUCUUUGAAGUAGUUCUGAACUCCCCUGUGAAUGCUGUUCUUGGCACCCGGACAAAAGCUGUAGUGAAAAUUUUGGACUCAAAAGGAGGUCAGUGCAGCUAUUCCCAUUCUUCUGGCCAAAGCAAGCAUGACUUCCUGGGGAGAGGCACGCUGUUUCCAGUUUCCUCGGGCUCCUCAUCACCUCCCAGGCCUGGCAAUGCUCCCUUGGAAGGGAUCCCACCGUCUCCUUCCAAAGGGAUGAGAGAACAUGGAGAGGACCCGCAUGGAGAGGAACACAACUUGGCGAAUCAGUCAAGGACCAGCCUGAGAGUCACUGGAAAUGGCAGAAUAGUUCAUCCUUCAUCUGUAUUUAGAAAUGGAACCGAUGUGGUUUUCAAAUAUCACGGGAUGGUAUCACUCAAAAUACAGGAUGACACCUCAUCAGCUAAAGCAAACAAGAAGGCUCAAGUGUCAGUAAUUAACCAAGCACAAUCACAGACAAAUGUCGUCUCCUCUAGGAAGACAGAAAUCCCACAAGCUGAUAAGGCAGAACUGGCAUCUGAACCAAGCUCAAGACAUCAGGACUUUUACUCUUUUCCAAAGGCCUGUACACCAGAUUUAAAGGGGCUCUUGCAUUAUGAAGAAAGCACUCAAAAGUUAUUUCAGUGUGAUGGGAUAAUAUGGAAAUUCUGGAAUUCCCAAAGCAAGGAGGUAAGCACAAAGAAAUGUCCCUCCGGAUGGAGUCAUCACGAGGGCAGCUGCUACUUCCUGGUAGUGAAUCACAAGGUCACCUGGAACACUGCUGCUCGGGCUUGCAGAGAACAAUACCUGGGGAGUCUAGCAAGUGUGGCUAAUGAACAACACAUGCAGUGGCUGUGGGACUUCAGUAGGAGGAAGCCCUUUUGGAUAGGCUUGAAUGACCAAGUCAAUCCUGGACAUUGGGAGUGGAAUGGAGGAGAACCUGUAACCUACAUAAACUGGAGAAGAGGCUCCUACCACUUUCCAAAGAGAGGAAGAAAUUGUGUAUUGGUGCAGAAGCGAGGAAAAUGGCAAGCAACUGACUGCAGGAAGGUCAAACGGAACAGCUAUAUAUGUUCAAGAAAGCUGUAAAGAAUGGAGGAUCCCAGUGAAAGCAUGUGGACAUUCAUGUUGUUUCAGUUUUAUUUAUCUGCAGACAUCUGAGGGUAUGCAGUUAGAAAACUGUCCUAAUUAUCAGCAAGGUUUAUUUUAUAUGCUGCCAGAGGUGCAGAUGCAGAUGCAUUGGACUCUAACCAAGGAAUAGGGGUCAGUUGCAAAGAUUAAGUCCAGGUUAAGGUUGUGAACUCUCCCCAAAGACAUUUUACAGUAUUACACAGACUAAAUGCAGACUUUUAAUGUACUUUUACACCAAAGAGCUAGGCCUGAAGGCUUUAAUCACAUUUCUGUGUAAA